GCGCCCUCAUCAUGAGUACCGAAACAGCUGAAAACUCACCUGCAAAGAAAAGUAAAAAUGAAGUUGUGAUGAUCCAGGCGGGAGGCGGAGAUGCAGCUCACCAGACACGCCCACAGACGUCCUCUACUGCCUCGGCAGCAGGAACUACCACCUCGGCCAUACCAGUCAGCAUUACCCCAGCACAAAUGGUGCAAGUGGUGGCUUCUGGUUCAUCAGCACAGCCUACAUUGGUCCACCCGACUACAGUGAUGACUGCGCAGGGUCUAGCAGCACAGGGGUUAGCCGCCCAGGGCCUGGCAGCCUUCCAGCCCCAGGCUGCCCAGCUCCAAGCCAUCGCAGGCCACCUUCAGCAGCCCCAACAGUUUCUGGUCAAUCCUGGUGCUGGCCAAGUUCUCCUGCAGACACUACCCUUUGCACAGGCAGGUGCCACCCCUAUCGCACUGGCUAACCUUCAAGGAGCUCAACAGGUAGCACUUGCUACGUCGGCUGCUCAGAUGCUCAAGUCUCCUGCAAACCAGCUCAAGAUGGCCACCAUGCAGAGUGCAGCCCAGCAGCUCCAAGCAGCCGCUGCGGCCUCCACCAGCCAGGCCCAGACCUCCCAGACGACUACCGGAACCUCCCAGGCCGUGGCCGCAGCAGCCGCCCAGCUGGCAACGCCUAUCCAGACCAUCACGACGGCAUUGACACCGCAGCAGCUUCAGCUCCUGCAACAGCAGCAAGUCCAGGUUAUUAGUCCUUUCCCCGAUCUCACCAAGGUAUGGGCAAACCAGCAACAACCGCAGCAACAACAACAGCUUCAGCAGCAGCAGCAAAACCAGCAGUUCCAGCAACGAAACCAGCAACAGAUGCAGCAACAACAACAGGUACUUCCUCAGCAGGUGCAGCAACAGCAGCAAGGCUUGCAACAACAAAAGAUUGCGCCACAGCUGCCGGGUCAGCUUCAACAGAUCUCUGCUCAAGACCUGCAACAGUUGCAGCAGCUCCAGCAGCAGAAUCCCAACCUGCAACAAUAUGUCUUCUUGCAAGCUCCUCAGGUGUCCACAAACAUGCAACAAGCCCAGCAACUCUUGCUGCAACAACAGCAGCAGCAGCAGCAGCAACAACAGAAUCUGGCCCAGCAACAAGGGUUGUUGCAGCAGACGCAUGCCGGCAUGAUACCCCAGCAGUCUAUAAUUCAAGCACAGGCCAUCAACGCACAACAGUUACAGCAGCAGGCACUGACUGCGGCGGGAAUCCAGUCUGUUACUGCUGCAACAGCCACUGCAACAACAAAUGCCCAGAGUGUGACUGCAGGUCAGCAGCUUCAAAUCCAGCAAGCCCAGAAGCAAGGAAGUGGACUGGCCUCCGUGACUACUCCACCCGUCCCAAGUAUUCCUCACAGCCACAUAGAAGAGCAGACGGAUCUGGAGGAGCUGGAACAGUUUGCACGGACCUUCAAACAGAGGCGAAUCAAACUGGGCUUCACACAGGGUGAUGUUGGCCUGGCCAUGGGCAAGCUGUAUGGCAACGACUUCAGUCAGACGACCAUUUCCCGCUUUGAAGCCCUCAACCUAAGCUUCAAGAACAUGUGUAAGCUCAAACCUCUACUGCAGAAAUGGUUGGACGAUGCCGAUACAACCGUAGCCAACCCUGCCCUCCUAGGUCCUCACAGUAGUCCCGAAGGCAUCAACCGUCGCAGGAAAAAGCGUACAAGCAUCGAAACCAACAUCAGGGUGUCGCUGGAAAAGAGCUUCCUCCAGCAGCCAAAGCCGACGUCGGAAGAGAUCGCCAUCCUUGGGGAGCAGCUAGGUAUGGAGAAGGAAGUAGUCAGGGUUUGGUUUUGUAACCGGCGACAGAAAGAGAAGCGCAUCAACCCACCCGUGUCGAGUCUGAACCUCCAGAACUUGAUGGCGCACCACACGUCGAUAGCAUCCUUGAACCUGUCACCAGGGGUCAACCAGAUUCAACAGUCCACUCCUGCUACACCAGUUACACCGUCCACACCCAUUUCCACCAAAAUCAUUAACACUGUUGGCACACCUGCCUCAAACGGACCGAGCAUCACCCCUGUGCAGGCCAAAACCGUGGCUAUACAGUCAUCAGGAAGAACUAUCGCAGUCAAUCUGGUGUCUGCAACCAACGGUCAAGUUGCAGCGACACCCGCAACGACAGUCACGCCAAUCGCUCUGACAGCCGUUACUCCGUCCACAUCCGGCCAGCCGCAGAUGUCGCUGAAUGCAGCUGCCCAAAGGGCGAUAUUAGCUGCUGCCGUCUCACAGAAAGCAGGAACCGGCAACACAGUCACAACGACGACAGUCACUCCUACCUUGUUGCAAACUGCUAACCAACUAGCAGCGCUGUCAGGAACAAAUACCAAUGCAGUGACAAGUGGAACAACACCAAAGAGCUCUAGUGGAGCAAAGUACUUGCUUUAGAUUAGUACUUAGAGAGAACUGUCCUCUAUUCUAGAUUCCUACAGGUAUAGAAAAUCACAUAAGAUGAAAGAAUUUGCAGGAGUGAAUCAUGCGUUGUAGCAUUCCAGUUUGAAAUGAUGAUAUUCUCUGUCUCUCGGAUACCACAACCCAGUCCAAAAACACUUGAAGACAAAAACAAAAUGCCACAUGAAGUCACUGAUAGUCAUGGAAAUUUUGUGAGCAUUUCAUAUAGCAAGUAUUAGUUUUCACCGACAACUUUGUGAAGCUACUGAAAUCGUUGCAUCUGAUUGGUUCAUAAGAAAUAAGUCGGUAAAGAUCACCGACUAUUUGCUUUAUGAAAAGCUAGCUGGGCCAAAAGUUCUACAUGUCUGUGAAGAUAGUUUUUCAAAUUGACCAUGUUGCUUGUAUCUCACUCCUUGGGACCCUCAAUCUCAAGUUCCAAAGUCAUGUUUCUCAUUAGAUAAAAACAAUUUUGCCUUUGAUGUUUAAGCCCAUGAUUAAGCAUGUCCAUAUUGGGCAAUGAGUGGUCUUUAAUAGUCACUUUGAAAUAUCCCACAGAUUUGUGUAGUAGGUAUCAAAUCUUGUGAUCAAUAAGGUGCUUUCAUUUUGCAUGACGGAUGCCUCUACGAUGAUGAAAUUGAUGUUUAAACCAUCUACACAUUAAAUUUCUUUGGUCCUCCAGUUUUACUCAGUUUUGUACUGAAAACAACCUUACAAUACAGAUUUGGUCAUGUGACACCUUAUGUAUAUAUCAACGCAAGUACGUCCUAUCCUGAAAUCAAGAAGAUUUAUUCUCAGGACAGAAUAUAGUUAUCGACCAUUGUAAAAUAAUCCGUUAUGGUUUAUCAAAGUUACUACAAGGGGAAGAUCGGACAGUACAUAGACCGCGUAAUGAAACGCUCGGGAAGAGCGCCCCACAGCGUUGAGUAAGUAACGACCUUUUUUUACCUUUGCGUAUUGCGAGGUGGUUGUGUACAAAACAUAUGAGAGAAAUGGUGAAGGGUUGAAGGAAUAGACGAUUUUUACAUUUUAAAUUUUUUUCAUUUAAUUUUGUUUUCUUAAAUUAAAGAUGAAUAUAUUUCUG